UUCCAACUAAACAACGACGGCAUCUUGAUCUUUUCGCAGUCUGCACACCAAGAUGUCGACAAUAUCACAGCCGUUCACGGUAUACAGCCUACCAGCAAUCUCUGGGCUGAACAAAACCACUUCAUUCCACGUCUCGGCCCCAAAGUCCACCACAGUCGAUCUCUCCAUCUCGGCCGCUGGAAUCUCGCGAUUCACCCUUCGUCCUGCUCCAAGGCUCGUGUCCUCUGUCGCCAUCUCUCCGCUGGCUGAGAUCUUGUGUCCUGUUAUUGUGCUUGACAAGGCGAGCAAGAACGCCGCGACCGAGGGAGUUACUAUCUAUGCUGCCAUUAGAGAACGCAAGAGGACUGUGUUUUUACGAAGGAUCGAGGAGAAUGGCGUCGUUUGCGAGCUGGAGCUUGGUACCCUCGCUGUUUCAGCUCUCAAGCUUGUUAACGACAAUGUCAUUAUUGUCGUCUUUGUCAACGGUCAGAUUUCAGCUUACCAGUUCACCGAGACUGAGAUCUCAGCUGGCAACGACGCAGAUGAUGAUAUGAAGCUGGACGGAAACGACGAGGAAAACGAAGAGAAAGAGGGAGAAGAAAAGGAAGAAGAGUCUCCAGCUGAAAUUAAACGCGAGUUCAAGCAUCUUUGGACUACCAAGCCGUACGACUCCAAGGACAAUGAAGUCCUCUUUUUUGACUUUUCCAGUUCGUCUGAGGCCGAUAUCUCUCUUCUCCUCGUCUGCCGGUCGAGUCCUGACACGGUCGAUGUUCGAAAGUUUUCAGUUUCAGUUUCUGAUAGCGUUCAGUCAGACCAAUGGAAUCUGGUGCUACGAAAACAGUCUAAUGAACUGAUUCAAUACCACGAAUCUGGUGUGCUAUUCUUCCUUUCCGGUGGAUCCCUAGAAAUCAUCACCAUCCCGGCUCUGAGCCACACAUCAGUCGAUCUUGUCUCCUUCCUCACCCCGAAAUCCGGCAAGAAAAAGAACUCUGUCCUCACCGACCACCUCUCAUUUCUCCCCUCUGGAAAGACCUCGAUCCUGCUAUCGACCGGAACAUCCCUCAUGCUCAUCAACUGGCAGUACAAGACGAUCCUCGCAUCUCUUGACCUGUCGUCCGCCGACACUGGCGACUCGGCUGGGUUUAAACUGCUCAAGCGAGUUGGCAAGCGAACUGCGAUCGGCGUGUCAAAGUCUGGGUUAGUGCAGGCUGUUUCGUUUGUGGUUGGAUCUGGCAAGUUGCUCGAAUGCAUCACCGGUAGCGUCAAGGCGGUUCCUAAAGCAGGAGCUGAGAAACCUGUUCUUGCUGAUAUCCUCUUCAACCGGGAAACCAGCUCAAAGAAAUACAAAGAUCUGGCACAAGAGGCGUUCUCAAUGUCCUCGGCAGAAUUCCAGAAGGUGGCCCCACAGAUAAAAACUCUGCGAUCAAACGGCGAUGUUUCUGGAUUUGACAACCGCGUCUUUCUCUACCUCUCCAAUCAAGAGCGGUGGUAUGACCUCAACAAGACUCCUCCGAACGUGAAGGAGACCUCUGUUCUCGCUUCGUUGCCCUACUACGAUCCCACAACUUCGCUCCAGGUCGAUGCCUCGCUCAUCGAGCUCAUCACACAGUCGAUAUUCACCCUCGACGAGUCCGCAAAAGGAGUUAAGCUCUAUACCUCGUUUGUGCCGCGCCUGACACUCGGAUUCAUCCUGAGCCAUCCAUUGCUGCCGAUCGAGAAGUUGCCAGGCUUGCUCCCGGCGCUGAGUGAGUACGAUGCAAAGCUAUUAUUGACGGCGCUGCAUUUGACGACGAUGCUGCCGGUUUCGGAGCUGGUGGCUGUGCUUUUCGCGUUUUUGGAGAAAAAGUCGGAAAUCGACGACGAGCUGCGGACGGAGGUUAUCGAGCAGACUAUUGUGCGCAUCGAGCAGGAUUUCUCGUAUCAAGCUACAGUGAAGACGAUCAGUAGCGAGUACAACUCUAGCGAGAUUCAGUCUGCGCUUGAGGAUCUUCUGGACCUAAUCACAUCUCUUUCCUCGUCAUCUUUGUCCGACUCUGACGACGAGGGCUACGAGUUCGACGCCUGGCAGAUCAUUUCGUGCUUCGUGGAUGCCUCUGGUCUGUUUACUUUACAGGAAGAUUUAAUCUCCAGAAUCUCGUCGUUGGUUGGGACGCAGAUUGAGGAUCUGCAGGGCCGUAUUGAGGUUUUGGAGAUUGUAGACUCGGCACUGGAGCUUUCGCAGACCAAGAAGGCUGCGCGCAAGAGCAAGAAAUUUGCUGGUGUGCCUGCUAUUCGGGCGCGUAGUUAAAUGUGUUUUUUGUAUAUUGGGUUGCAUAGCAGAUAAUAGAAAAGUUCUCAUCCUUGUGGGGCAGUGAUGUCUACAAAUAACUAAUAUAUACCACUUCAUGACAGGGGUAGCUCCUAAAAGUAUAGGAUUCUCUUUUUUGGCAAACG